CCCGCCAAGAUCAUAAAGUUAAAAGAACUCCUGAGUAAAUAUUAAAAAGUUUGUGUGUGAUAGACAGCUGUCAAGCCGACAGUGAAAAUGAAGGGUUUUACACGUUUGGGUUUCAGAAGACAUAGACGCGGGAUUAUAAGUUUAACAACACUUAUUUUGGCGUAUUCUAUGUAUAUCAAUGAGGUUAUAGGGUUACCUACUGAUACUUCUUCAAACACAUGGCCGACUUUUCCACGAAGAAAUGUAGCAGCCUUGGCUAGGGACGGAUAUUUGAGAAGUGCAGCUUCUGGUUACAAAAGAAGUAUCUCAACAUUGGCAAAAAACGGUCAACUUCCGACCUUUAGAUCACCCUACGACGAAACAGAUAAGCAAGAACAAGAUGAAGAUGUUUCUCACGAUAAAAGGAAUUUGGCUUCCAUCGCGCGACUCCGCAGCUACUCAGCUAUGAAAAGAAACAUACAGUCUUUGGCAAGAGAUGGCUAUCGUUUCGGGAGAGGACAAUAUAAUCAGCCAAAUGACAAACGCAAUAUCCAAGCCUUAGCCCGUAAUGGAUUGAUUCAUAAAAAAGACGAAAUUGUUGGUGAUGAAUAUUAUUAUCCAUUCUAUCAAAAUCCCGUACCACCACUGUCAGAAAUGGAUGGCCCGUUUAAUAUCAAUGAAAUGUACGAUUUCCAACAAUCGAUAAACCCCGACAUGCUGCCGCCGCUCUCUCAAGUGUUUAAACGAAGUGAUGUCGGAUUUCCACCAGGUUUUGUUUCAAAAAUGGACUACGAUGAUAAUUGGAAUCUUAAGAGAGGUUCAAUGGGGUUGCCAGCACAUGGUCUCUUUAGACCAAUUUAUAUCGACUCCGCUGGUAAUACUAGAAGCAGACGAUCCAUAUAUUCUAUUCCUGAUGUGCUCGACCGUAAUGAUAUUGAUAUUCCAGAAGAUUACGAUAAUGAAAAUGAAGAUAAACGAUCUGUAGAUGAUGAGGAUAUAGCGCGUGAAAAUUUUGAAAAACGUCAUAUUGGGUCGUUGGCCCGGUUAGGUUUAUUGCCCUCAUUUAGAUUUUCUGGUGGCCGAUACAGUAGGUCUGGAAGAGCCAGAUUGUUAUUGCCUAGUCAAGAAUUAUACAGGAAGCAUUCCCCUGACGAGAAUUUCGGGAUUAGGGAAUAUUUCUCUGAUGACGAAGCUAGCACAUCCUUCGAUUCAGACGACUCCGACCUACCGUCGCCGCCAGUACUUGCUAACUCGCACCCGACCGGCCGGUACCUCCACCGACCGCUGAACAACGAUCUACCGAACAUGCCGCUUCCCCAGUCUCCUUUAUCUUUGAAAAAUCCUGAUACAUUUGCCAAAAACCGCUGGCAGAGCAAAGAUAACCCUAAGUUUUAUUACUUCAGGUCAUUAAAAGUCCCUUAUCACUCUUCAGGAAAGCGGUAUUUGGUGCUUCCAGCCGUCGAUAAUAUUCUUCUUAGGAAGAAUUACCGCAACAGCAGUCUACCAAGUCGUCGUAAGAACCAGUAGCUAUGCCAUUGUAAGCUGAGUGAUAGAAAAUUACUCGGCUUGGUCGAAGCUAAACCAUAAUAAAAUUAAAAAAUAUUGUAUAAUUUGUUUUUUUUUUUAACUAUGUCUUUUUUCUCGGUAUUUAAGCUUCGACUUAAUCCACAGACAACUAUGGCAUAGCACUGGUAACAGAUAUAUAAUUAUAUGAGUUUUAACUGUGGGAUCAUGUUUAUUGAAAUUCUGACAAUAAAUUUAGUCAUUAAAUUGUAUUGAAAUUUAUCAAUGGUAGGCUAGCGGUUAUGGCAACUUCGGAUAUACUUAAGAUGACGACAUUGGCUCGAUCGUGACUACCAGAUGCAUACUAACGACUUUAAUUCUAGAUAAAUUUUAAGGUUACAUUGCCAAUCGCAAAUUACGUGUCUAAAUUGAUUAUUAUAGAUACAAA